CAAAAGUCAAAAUUAGCGACAACGUCGGUGCAGAAUCCGGGCGUCGCUUCUGCGAGAUUUGAUUGGCUCAACUGGCCUGUCCAUCAUUUUAUACAUCCCUGGUUUAAAUAAGGGGGCGUGGUUAUUGUGCUUCAUGCUACUAAAAGUUCUCAACAUGGCGUCGCAGAGCAUCGACGGAGUGAAAACGAUGGAAAACGCGAGUGCAAUUUCAUCCCAUCCCGGUUUUAGCAGCGAGAAAUAUUCUUUACUGGUCGUGGUCGGGGAACACACCGCUGCCGGCUCUGUGGAGUAUCUAGUUUCGGAGAUUGAACGAGGGAUUCGCUCCUGGGAUGUUGACCUGUCCUCCUGUAAUUUGGAUGAGCAGCUCAAACUCUUCGUCUCCAGACACUCCGCUUUCUUCUCUGAGGAACUCAAAGGCCAGAGGACACUGCAGCACAGUGGAGAUGUUCUGGAGACCCAGGUGGUUGUGAAUCCAUCCCACAGUUUGGUGUGUUCAGAGGUCCGUCGGCUUAUUACCGAUGUGUCUCGUCACAAGCUGCUGAUUCUCGCCGGACAGUGUGUGGAAGACUCUGGUGACCUUGUAUUACAAACUGGGUGCUUUUCACUUAAUGACUUCAUCCAGAUAUUUGCUCAUGAAGAGAUAGGUGAGAUGUUAAGCUCUGCAGACCCUACACACAAAGCAAGCCUCACACUGAGUUGCCCUGUAUCUGGAUCAUGGAAGAGCUCUAUGUUGGAAAAGCACAAUUUGCAAGACUUUAUUGAAAUCAAGACCAACCCACCACCAGUGCUACCCGAGAUGGAAGGUCUGCAGGAGUUUACGGAGUAUCUUUCCGAGUCUCUCGAACCUCGGUUGGCUUUUGAGCUCCUUGAGCCUCCUAGCACGGUUGGCUUUCUAAAACUGUCGCGUCCUUGCUGCUAUGUGUUUCCUGGUGGUAGAGGGGACUCUGCCUUCUUUGCCGUAAAUGGUUUUAACGUCUUGGUCAACGGUGGGUCUAAUCCACGCUCAUGUUUUUGGAAACUGGUGAGACAUUUGGACAGAGUGGACUCCAUACUGAUGACGCACAUUGGUGCAGAUAACUUGCCAGGUAUGAACAGCUUCCUCCGGAGAAAAAUGGCAGAGCAAGAAGAAGAGGAUUCGGCUGGCUCUCAGAGCAAUGAAGAUUGGCAAAGGAACUUAAUAUCUCCAGAAAUCGGGGUUGUGUUCCUUAAUGCUCCUGAAAGACUUAAGACACUCCUAUGUGAUCCUAGGGUCUUUCGUGGCUGUGAUCAGGUUUCACUUACACUACAACAUCUAGACAGGUUAUCUAUCUCUCCAGAAUCCCUCAGUCGUCCUAACGGUCCAAAUAUUGAACCGCUGAUCCUCUUUCAGAAGAUGGGAGUUGGUCGUUUGGAACUGUAUGUUCUUAAUCCAGUCAAAGGUAGUAAAGAACUAGAAACGUUUAUGCAAAAAUGGCCUAGUAGUGCCUCUGGUGUGAAGGGUUCAGAGAUUCCUUUACCCUGCCUGGUUUCAAUAUGUGCACUGUUGGUAUGGCAUCCUGCUAGCCCUCAGGAAAAAAUUGUCCGUGCUCUCUUCCCUGGUUGCACACCACAGGCAAAGAUAUUUGAUGGGUUGGAGAGGUUGAAACAUCUAGACUUCCUUAAGCACCCAGUGGUGAGUUUAAAGGAUCUUGAAUCAUCUAAACCCGAUAAGCAACCAAAGCGAACAGAGAGCAAAGAGAGUCUUAAGUCUCUCACCAAAGACUCAAGACCCGGAAGUGCCUACCUCACCAAAGACAAGGUAAGCAGAAUUGACGUAAAGAAACAAGACACUAAACUCAAAGCCAAAUCUAUAAGUGAAACAGGCCAAAAAGAGAGUAAAGAAGUGGAAGAAAAAGCAAAGCCAAAAGAUGAGGUGAAACCGAGAAUCUCUAAGCCUGAAAAGCAAUUGGCUAAAAAGGAGCCUGUUAAAGAAGAGAAGAAAGAAGUGAAGAAGAAAGAGGAACGACCCUCGACAAGUCUUUCUAAGAAAGACGAAAAUGUUGAGAAAAAGAAGGAACCCAUGAAGAAAGAGUUGGGAUCCAAACCUAAAAAAGAUAUUAAACCUGAAAUAAAGAAAGAGAUUAAGAAGGAUGUUAAACCAGAAGAGAAGAAAAUGACAACUAAACCAGUUGUUAAGGAUGCUAAGAAAACCUCUGGAGGCAUGUCCGCAGAUGCGAGGAAACAAUCAGGCAAGAAUGGGUCUUUAAAGAAAGACUUGACAAUCACUAAAAAGGAAAGUUUAUCUAAAGGGAUGAAGUCAAAAGCAGAGAAUAUUGAAGGGCACAAUCUGAAACCAAACUCUGAUCAACAGUUGUCUGAGGAUAUUGGUGCAGACUUUGAGAAGUUAAAACUAGAAAAUCGAGUAUUGGAUGAAGAAGGGAAUUGUUUAGGUUCUGUUGUUAAAGGCACUGAGCAAGCUGAGAAAGAUCAACAUCAGUUGAAUGGAGCACAAAGUGGAACAAACUUGUCGGAAACUCCAGAGAAAUUUCGAUGUACAGAGACAUUGUCUGCCUCUCAUUCUGCACUGGGAACUCCUUCACCACUUGCAAAGACUCCAAAAAGUGAGAAGAGUGUCAAUUUUGAGCUCACACCAAUGGAGAACAGGUUAAUAGAUGAAGCCCUUGAAACGGGGUCUCUAGCAAACUGUGCAGGACAGGCGUCUUUCUGUCAAUAUCCUGAAAAUGAUCAUCAAGGCGUUGGUCCUGAAGAUACUCAUGAGGCAGUUAGCUCAAAAAGUCAUGUGACUGCCAACUCCACAUCUUUUAAGGACAUACUCCCAGAUGCCUCCUCCACAGUCACGUCCCUGCCUGCUGAGGAAGGUUCUCCACACUCAACUGAAGUUGAUAAUUCUUUAUCAGUUUCUUUCGACCAAGUAGUCCCCCCUGUUGGACAAACUGAAGACAGUGUAUACACCAAUGGACAUUUGGUGGAAAGUGAUUCAAAAGCGCAUAUGUCAUUACCUUUAAGAACAUUCCAUAAUGGUGACAAGAACUAUAACGGGCCUGAGAAACAUCUCUCUGGCCCACAAGGUCUCCUCCCUGAUAUGCCACCUCAUGAUGUCGAUCUUUGUUUGGUAUCUCCAUGUGAAUUUGAGCAUCACAAAUCUCCAGACAACCAAACAGGGUUAACUUGCCCAGGUGCUCACAACUUCUUGCCUGAGAGUGACAAGUCUCAAGAGCCUGCUAAAUCACUUUCGCAGUGUAACAGUAACAGUGUUUGCUAUUCUCCACAAGGCCAAGAGACGACGCCAACCUCCAUCAGCGACUCCCUUCCUACAGUCUCAGACUCUGAUGUCCCGCCAGCUACCGGAGAGUGUCCUUCAAUUAGUGAAGAUUUGGAUUCUGAUGAGGAGUCUGCUGACCUCUUCCAACCCCAUCAUCCACAUGAUCAUCCCAGCAGUCACUCGUUUCACAUGGAUGUGGCACAUUCUUCUCCAGAUCCCCCUCCACCACCAAUGAAGGACUUGCCCCCCCUCCCACCCCAGCCUGGCGCCUGUAUGGUUGACCCUGAAGCCGAUUCCCUUGGCAAGUCUUCAAAGAAUGUAGCUGCAAAGGCCAAAAAACCAGCAACUUCUGGCACACAGAAGAUGGCAGCUGCAAAUACCUCAGCACAAAGUAGCAAGACAAAGGCUGGUUCUCAGGCAACAACAAGUGGUACAAUUAGGUCAUCAUCAAGCUUGGAUGCAAAGUCAGCUUCUCGUAGUACCAUUGGUAACACAAGACCAAUGUCAGGAAGUUCUAAACCCCAAUCAGGUACAGUGGGUAACAAGUCAAAUGCUGCAUCAGUUUGUCUGGACCUAGCAUACCUACCCUCUGGCUUUGCAGCGUCUACGGUUGACGUGGAGUUUUUCCGCCAUGUGCGCUCAUCCUGCUAUAUAAUAAGUGGGGAAGAAUCGUACAAGGACUCUGUCAUGAAGCCCAUCCUUGAAUCUCUGUUAGAAGGCAAGGUGGCUUGGCCAGACAUACAGGUCACUCUGAUCCCCACUUUUGAUUCACUGACGAUGCACGACUGGUACCAAGAGACACAUGAAAGACAAAAAGAGCUAGCGAUAACUGUGUUGGGGAGCAACAGUACUGUGGCCAUGCAGGAUGAAACAUUCCCUGCCUGCAAAGUGGAGUUUUGAGCGGGAAGUGUGGGGGGGAAGUCUUACAAAGAAAUCACUCCAGUUUUAAUCACUUUAGCACUUAGGCCAAUUCAGCUGUAACUUUUAUGGAAAUUUUUGUUCAAAGCUUAGUAGCAGAUAUGUAACAGCUCAGAUAUCUAUUAAUUAGUACUGAGCUCUGUGAAUUAGCUAAAAAAAAAAAAACUGUGAAUCUCCAUUAAUGAAGAUUUACAGAAGUUAAUGGUAGUAUGUAAUGGAUCUUGUGUGAACAAAAGGAGUAAACAAAAGUUUGGGUUUUUUUGUUUGUUUGUAUGUUUUGUUUGUUUGAAUUUUUUGUGUUGGUGGCAGUUAUUGUUUUAACAGUCCCAAGCUGUAUAGACUUUAUAGAUCACAAUAAUAUGUUUAUUUCCCUCAUUACUACAGUCUGUUGCAUGGUUGCACAGUUUGGAUUUUCAGCACAAAUGGGGAAACACAAAACACAGUGGACUUUGUGAUGCACAGGAGGAGGCUAGAUGGUCACUGCACCGGUCCCACAGGGUUAUUUUUAUUAUCUCUAAAUGACAAAUGUUUUGCUUUGGCUGUUGGUUAUAAUCAAGCAUGUAAUUUUUUCAUGUUACCCAUUUCCUGAACCGAAUGAUUGAUUGAUUUACUGUGUAGAGAUGAGAUCACGAUUGCAUGUUUGAACAAUUUGUCAGUAUUUCUUUUAUUUUUUAUUAUUUUUUAUUUUUUUAGUUUUCACAUUUGCUGUUGAUGUUGAUCAUGCAUCACACAAUCACCAGUGUUCAGCAACUACUUGUUUUCUGCAGCUGUGGAUUUAUGCUGUGUUCAACUAAAGCUAGUAACUUGUCAUUUGCAACCUCACACCAGGAAAAACCAAAGAAAAUGCCCCUUAACUCUCAAGUCCUACUUUCAAAGUCAGGAAGGUCUCCUGAACUCAGCAUAUGACGUCAUGUCAACAGUAAAUAAAAAUAAUUCUUUAAAAAUACUUUAGAUUAAUCAACAUGGACAACUUGGUUAACUGUAAGUGACCGUGCAGUUUGCUGUUUUGAGGAAGUAAAUACAUCAUAAGCUCAUGAGCAAUUUUCUGUUAGUUGGUUAGAUUGUUGUUAACAAAACACAUGUCCAUGUUUUAUCCCCGAUUUCUAGCCGGAAUGCACCAAGCUUAAAUAUUAUGCAAUUCCGACUUCAGUCUUCCCAUUUCCGAGUUAAGUUGAACGCAACAUAAGUGUAGUCCAGGAUUAAUUUGAUGUAGUGACGGUACACUGUGAGCCAAUUGUUUUAUAAAACCAUCAUGUACAUGUUUUUAUUUUUACAAUUCAGAAACAUGUUCUGUAUGUUUUGAUGCAUGGUAACGAAACACUAACCCAAGGAAUCUUUCAUUACUGUUUCCUGGAUUAAAAAUUCAGAUUUUGGUUCAGAAAUAGUAUGGGAAAGUUGCUUGAAGUUUUUUCAGCAUCUUAAAAGAUUUCUUUUCUCCAAAAAUAAAAUGUAAUAAAAAGCUAAUGUAAACAACAAAUUGGCAACGCAGUCACAGUUUUGCUGAGUUACGGUAAACACCCGACUCAGCUCGACUAGUUUGCGAUCUAGGAGAUGAUGAGUGAGUAUUGAUGGUUGUAUUAACAUAAAAGUUGAAGCUUUCCAAGCUGAUCUGUUUCAGCAGGGUAUACAGAGGAAGAGUCAAGAGAACUGGACAGACUAAAGGAUUAAAGUGAUGUUAUAUAGCUUUCUCUUUCAGCAAGUGAAUGUGGAAAUAGACCAACAUGUAGUCUAAUUGAAGGAUUAAACCAUGACUCAGAAUUUCAUUGUAAAAUAAGCCUUUGACACCAGGAUUUUUAGGUGUUAAUUAUAAAGAUUAAUAUGAAUGUCAUUCGGUGUGAAUUUUCUCUUCAAUUCAGAAAAAAUAAAACAAAUAAUACAAUGCCACAUAAUAGUUGAGAAUUGCAGAUUUUGCAGUGUUAAUCAAUAACUAAUUUGGAGAUUAAACUAAUUACUUUUAACUGUAGAGGGUUUUUUUGUGCUAGUGUACCAUUUGGCACACCAUGGAGAAAAGGUGGUACACUGUAAAAGAUCACUAUGUCUGUCUGAUUAUGGUUAAUGGAGGACUAAGGAAUGUGGAUACAUUGAGAUUCCUAAGUAGUACACUUUUAGAGUAGACACUUACAAAUCUGACAGCUUGAUUAUUAUUAUUUUUUUCUUCUUUACACCCCCUCCCCUCUCAAAGUGUGUGAUGUAAUCAAGUCCACAAGCCUUAAACACUAUCAACUCCAAUUUGGCUGAACAAAUCAAAUGCUUCAGAUUGAUGAUUUGCAUAUUUGCAAACUGGGUCAUGUGAGUGAAAAUACAUUUGCAUUAAAGCAGUCUGCACUAUUUAAACUUAUGCUAUUGUAUCUCCUUUUUUUAAAAAAUACAAUUUCUUCACUCUAAUCUUGUCAUUAUCACAUCAGAUGUAGUUAUUUGUAUCAGAGUAUUAAAGCCAAGUGUUCAAGGGAAAUCAAAGGAACUAAACUUUACAGCUGUCAACUCCAAGACCAGGAUUAGCCUAGGUCAACACCCUAUCUUAAGGGGAACGAGUCAGUGAGUCAAGAUUGAGACCAAAAACCAUGCAAUCCUUUUCGAGGCUAAGUUUUUACAUCAAUUAUUUGGCUUUUGGACAAGGCAUUUCGGUCUACACGUACGUUAUUUGGACUCUCGGCUGAGACAGUAAUUUAGACUAAUCAUUUAGUGAGACCAAUACCCAAGAUUGAGACCGUUCCAAGUACAAAUGUCAAAUGUCUGUGACUGGUCCAAGACCAGGACUAGCCGUGUUCAAGUCAAGACAAGAGUCUUCGGGGGGCUGAGACCAAGACCAUAUUUAACGAGACCAAUAGCCAAGAUUGAGACAAAUUCAAGUACAAAUACCAUUUAUUCCAAGCCAACUCAGAAAAUGUCUUCCAACCGGACGCAAGUCCUACAGCCCUAUCUAUAACAGUACAGUAACAUCUCCAAAAUGUACAUACAUGGAGAGUUAAAUACAUAUAUCAAUAAAGGUUUGCAAAGUUUUUCAGUAGAUCAGGUACUAAUGGUUUUAGAAAUAGGUUUACCAACAACAAAUUUAAAACCAGUCAGUAAAUAAUUCUGAUGAAGAUUGGAAGAUGAUUAACACAGGUUGUACACGGAACAGAUUUAGUCUACAGCUGAACAGCUACAAGGUGGCCAAUAAGGUAGGCGUGUGUAAUAAAAUG